AUGCGGAGAAUCAGGAAUGCAGACAGAGCUAGGGCGUACCCCGCAGGCGACGCGUCGGAUGACCGCCGUGAUCCGGCGACAAAUGGGCAACGGCUACCGUAUCAAGAGCGGAUACGGCUAAAGAAGCAAGCUCAGAGGAAGAGGAAGAAGAAGAGAGAGGCACGGAGAACCACCAGGAAACUACGAAUCGGCACACUCAAUGUGGGAACGAUGACUGGUAGAGGAAAGGAGACUGUUGACAUGAUGGAAAGACGGAGUAUCAACAUCCUAUGCGUACAGGAGACCAAGUGGAAAGGAGCGAAGGCCAGAGAAAUGGGUAAUGGGUACAAGAUGUACUACGUAGGACACGACACUAGAAGGAACGGCGUCGGGAUAGUGCUAGACCCUGAGAUGAAGGAAGGUGUGCUGCAGGUUCACAGGGAAUCUGACCGUGUGAUGUGGAUGAAGGUGGAAGUGGAGAACGAACCGGUGAACAUCGUAUGUGCAUACGCACCACAAGUGGGCUGUGACGACGUGGAAAAGGAAGACUUCUGGAGAACAGUGAGCGAGGUCAUGGUAAAGAUCCCAAGAACUGAGAGAGUCUGGAUUGGGGCAGAUCUGAAUGGACAUGUGGGUGGUGGAGCGCAAGGAUAUGGAGACAACAUCGGUAAAUUUGGGUUUGGAACGAGGAACGAAGAAGGGCAGACCAUCCUAGACUUUGUGGCGGCAAACAACCUGGCGGUCACAAACACCUAUUUCAAGAAGAAGGACUCGAGGAAGAUCACCUACACAAGUGGUGGUGUGAACUCCCAGGUGGACUAUGUCAUAUGCAGGAGAAGUGAGCUGAAAAGAGUACAGGACUGCAAGGUGCUGCCAGGUGAAGCGGUUGCGAAGCAACACAAAGUGGUCAUCUGUACAGCGACCAUGAAGACAGAGACAAGGAAGAAACCGGACAGAACCAGGAAGACAAGAUGGUGGAAACUGAAUGAGCAGGAGCACAGGGAAAAGUUUGUGGAGAAGGUCAGGGAAGGUAUGGAAGCACAGGCAGAGAAGACGUGGGCGGAGUCCAGCAGAGUGCUGACUGAGACGGCAAAGGAGGUCCUUGGCGUGACAUCUGGAAAACCAGGAAAGAAGGAAGAGACAUGGUGGUGGGGAGAGGAAGUCCAAGACGCAGUGAAAGAAAAGAAGGAGGCGAAGAAACAGAGAGAUCUGAAUAGAUGUGAAGAGACAAUCGAAAGGUACAAGGCGGCGAACAAAGCUGCGAAGAGAGCUGUUGCAAAAGCCAAAUCGGAAGCGUACAAAGAUCUAUACGACAGUCUGAAGGACGACGAGGAAGGCCAAAGGAAAGCGAUCCGGAUUGCAAAACAGAAGAACCGAGAAUCCCAAGAUGUCUAUCAGAGCAAGCAGAUGAAAAACACAGACGGAGCGAACCGUGGAAGCAAGAGCAGAGACUGA